CAGGCUCGUCCAGAGGGCGAACAUUGUCAAAGUCCUCAGCUGCCAUUUCAAAGCAGCCACCAGUGUUCAGGGAUCAUGCCCUCAGGGAAGACGGUCAAGCUCAUCGUGUACGAGGUGCUGCAGUUUGCAGCUCUCGUUGUCCCCGUCUUCGUAAUCAUGGAGAGAUUCGCCGGCCUCAUAAGAGACGUGAAAGGUCGGGAUGUGACGGGCUACUGGCUCGUGGUGGCAGCGUCUAUUGCCUAUGUGACCUCUGCCACCCUGCUGGUGUGGGUUCCUCUCAAGUACGUGACCCUGAGGAAGCGGAGAUUCAUCUCGGAGAUCACACAGUGGAGACCGACAGCACUGGCAUAUCUCCUCCUGUCAACGCUGCCUUGUUUUGCAAUUCUAAUAGCCAGCUCCAAGGUCCAGCUGGACAGUGGGCAAAGGUUUGACCAUUUCGCAGAGCUGCCUGUUUCCUUGGUUCUAUUCUCCCUGAUUUGUGUGGAUAUCAUAGAGAGGAUACGACCCCACAGGCUCAUGGGUAGUGCUAACCAUAUGAAUUCUGACUUCGACGUGUCAAGGCCUGUUCUGACCCACCUGAAGCAGGUGACCAGUGUUUCGGGCCAGCUGCCCGCUGAGGAAGGCCAGAACGGUGCGAUCCCAGACCAGGCAGAGGCCAGAAAUGGCAGCACAAUCAACAGAAGGGAGGAUCUCACCGAGUCUCCUUAUAGCACGCGGCCAACCGCUGCCUACCUGUACUCCUCAUCCCCACGCCCUGUGCCUUACUCAGGUCCUCUAAGGUUCCUGUGGAGGAAAGAUGGACGGUCGGAGGUGUUCGUGGAGUGCUUCUUGUUCUGGCUGGACGUCGUGGAGCUGGUACGAGUUGCAGGGGAGCCGUUAGUUUUCUACUCGGCUUGGGUGUUCCCAGUUUACAUCCUGGCUUUCCUUUCUUCUCUCCGGAUGGUCAUUUCUCCCCAGAGCUCCUUGCUGUCGUUUGCUGGCGUCAUGCUGCAGGAUCUUCCUUUCUUCGUCGUUCGGGUUGCACUGAUCGCUGUGUUUGGUUUUGUGACACCCUUGUUGUAUCCUCUGAAAAAUUUCCUGGUGAGCUUAACUUUUAUCUACUUCACAUGGAUAGCCAAGCUGAAGAUAUUUAAAAGGCACAGCAUGUUUUGAGGAGGAGUAAUGAAGGGACCAUCUCAUCUAUGGACAUUAUUGAACUGAAAGAGCAGGACUAUCGACUCCUGCAGAAAUACCAUUUGUGUAAUUACCAAUCUAACAAUUUAGAAAGUUGUCUCGACAUGUUAUAAGUGUUUUAACUUUAAUGACAUGUCAAAAACAUUCCUUUCCUUAAAUUUCUAUAUCUCCUUAAAAAGUGUUGAUACCCUUUGAACUUUUUCACAUUUCAUCAAGUUGCAAUCAAGUCAAACCUAAGUGGAUUUUAUAUGACAGACCUACAGUGGUGUGAA